UACUCGAAGGAAGAAAGUUUCGUUGAAUGAGUAAUUGAGUUAAUUUAUAUAGGCAUUCACGGUUCGAUUAUUAGCGUUGUUGUGAAGUAAUUUGAAUGUCCCGCCAUGUAAAAUGUAGUUCACACCUGCGACUGAAGAGGGUAUAUGAUCUUUAAUCGACAUCGCAAAAUUCCAGUCCGUAUUAUCUAACUUGUGAUUCGCAUUAGCCUUAAUGAAGUUUCGGAAAAUGUAUCUUUGUUCAUGACUAGCAAUAAACAGGAGAAAUAUCGCGGAACGGCCCUUGUGUUUUCGUUACGUGUAUUCCCGCCACGAAGUGACUCGAUGCGCCUACCGCGGUAGAAGAUCUUCUGUACCCGUCAAAAUAGUCGUAACUUGUAAUACCUGUUAUUAAGUGUUGACUCGUUUCGUUCGGUUGUUUCAACUUAUUAAUGACUUUCGAACUUUAACACACAAUCAAGAAUAAUGGGUGCUGGCCUCAAACCAUUAGAGUUUACGGAUUGCUUAACUGAUAGCCCCUAUUUUCGAGAAAAUCUUCAUUAUCAUGAACAUGAAUUGGAGAAAACCAGCCAACAGAUUAAACGGCUCAUCAAAGAGGUCAAAGAUCUUUUACUAGCUGCCAAAAAUUUGUCCAGAGCCCAGAGAACGUUUUCCAGAACAUUGCAGAAUUUUAGCUUUGAAUGCAUCGGAGAAACUCAAACUGAAGACGAAACACACAUAUCUCAAAGUCUAGAGGAAUUUGGUAAACUUAUUGCAUCAAUAGAGGAUGAAAGGGAUCGCAUGCUUGAACGUGCGUAUGAUCAGAUUAUACUGCCCCUGGAGAAUUUUAGAAAAGAACAUAUCGGAGGAGUUAAGGACGGUAAAAAGAAGUUUGAAAAACAAACCAUUAAAUUUUGUCAGAGCCAAGAACGCUAUUUAAAUCUGUCCACCAAAAAGCAGGACAAUGUUCUUCAAGAGGCUGAUGCAACAUUGGAAAUGGCCGAAAGACAUUUUUGUCAAGCUAGUUUAGAAUAUGUAUUCCUGCUUCAAGAAGUACAAGAGCGUAAGAAGUUUGAAUUUGUUGAAACUUUGUUGGGCUUCAUGUUUGGUUGGUUGACUUUUUACCAUCAAGGUCAUGAAGUUGCAAAGGAUUUUAAACCUUAUAUGACUGAACUACAAUUAAAAAUACAGAAGACUAGAGAAAAUUUCCUUGCUACCCGGGAUAAAACAGAAUCGCUUAUGAAUAAAAUGAAGGAUAUGAAAAAGUCUACAGUGGAAACUGGUGUCAAUAAACUUUACACACGAGAAGGAUAUUUGUUUCUUAUGGAGAAAAAAGCAUUUGGUACAACAUGGACAAAACAAUAUUGUACAUAUCAGAAGGAUAAAAAGGAGUUCACAAUGAUACCUUACAAUCAGCUAACAGGAAAGUUUAGUACUAAAGAGAUUUUGACGUUGGCAUCAUGUGUACGUCGUACAUCGGACACGAUAGAGAAACGGUUCUGCUUUGACAUCACUACCGUUGAUAAGCCAAAUGUUGUAUAUACAUUCCAAGCACUUUCUGAGGAAGACAGGAAAUUAUGGUUAGAUGCCAUGGAUGGUAAAGAACCGAACUGUCCUGUAGUAGGUGCAGCAACGAAAUCCGAAGAAAAUGUAUUAGACGAAACAGGUUUUAUGUUUGUGUCGAAAUGCAUUACUGCACUUGAAGACAGGGGUCUUGAGGAACAAGGUUUAUACAGAGUAGUUGGUGUUGCGUCAAAGGUAAAUAAGCUUCUAGCAAUGGGAUUAGAUAGAAGGAAACUGGAAAAGCUUAAUAUGGACGAUCGUUUUGAAUGGGAAAGUAAAACAAUUACCAGUGCACUUAAAACUUAUCUGAGGACAUUAUCCGAACCGUUAAUGACUUUCCGCUACUACAAUAGUUUCAUUUCAGCUGCGAAACAAGAAAUGAAAGAAGCGCGUGUAAAUGAUAUUCAUAAUCUCGUUUAUCGACUGCCAAUAGCGAAUUUCAACAUGCUGAUUCUUCUUAUCAGACACUUGUGCAGUGUGGCAAAGAAGAGCGAUAAAAACUUAAUGACUAUUGGCAAUUUGGCCGUAUGCUUUGGUCCGUCUUUAUUAAGACCGGAAGAAGAAACCGUCGCUUCUAUUAUGGAUAUUAAAUUCUAUAAUAUCGUAGUUGAAAUUUUAAUUGAAAACUGUGAGAGAAUAAUCGCUGGUCCACCGCAAGAUAUAAUACGCUCAACGCAGAUCACACAAAACCCUGUUCCUUCGAAGUCGCAACGUGUUAAUGCCGAGGAUGGGUCGACGUCUUCUGGGAAUGGCACAUCUUUUUUAAGAUAUCCAAUGCACGCUAAUAUAUCUUCUCCGCAUGCACAUCUCGUUACAAGAUCGUAUUAUGAUGGUCCGUUAGCAGUUGUUACUAAGUCGUCCUCUGUCGACGAUCGUAAGAAUGGUGAUUACGAGGAAACAGAACAUGCGAGCCAUAGAAUGCCAACAUAUUUAGACAGUCGAAGCGGGCGAGUCAAAUUAACUAAUGCGAACGUUAUGUACCAUUCCGCAGAUAAAGUAUUAACAAGUGGCAACACAAGUAGUUCAAGCGAGUCAAUUGCAUCUGACCCUCAUUCCUUUUCAUCCGAUUUACCGGUGAAACAAAAGCGUAGUUCCAUGAUGUCCGUGCAUUAUGCAUCAGGCUACGCCCAACGAAAUAAUCCAUCAGUAUCCGUAGUUAAUACAUCACCCAGUAGUGGACGUUCAAGUCCUGGGCAAGUACCUGGUAUUUGGAGAGUCCGUACUUUAUAUGCUUGUCUGGCAGAGAACGAUGGAGAAUUAUCAUUUCAACCAAAUCAAAUUAUUACAAAUGUAAAGGCCUCUGUGGAACCAGGCUGGUUAGAAGGUACACUAAAUGGCAAGACAGGACUGGUACCAAAGAAUUAUGUUGAACAAUUACCUUGAAUUUGGAAAAACCAAAGAGUGCCUACAUUGUUUUUACAUUCCGUAAUUGUAUCUUUCUUUUGUACUAUUGCCUAUCGAAGCAUGUAUUCAUGAAUGUUACGACACAACAUUCAUGGAACACAAUGUUUUUGUAUUUAAAUUCUUUUGGGUACAAUUUACAUAGUCAAUUAUAUAUAUAUACAAUCGUAUAUACAUUUUUUAUUUAUUAGGAGCCUCUUUGCUCAAAAAAAGGUCUAUAUUGUAUAUAAUCAAUUGUAGAAAAUUUAUAUAUAUACAUAUUAUAUACAUAUAUAUGUAUGUACGUGUAUGUAUACAUAUAUAUGUAGGAGCGAGCCGUAGGAACGAGUCGUUAGAGAUAAGCGGCGGUUGAUAAACCGUCGCCACGCGUUGCGAUAAACAACUUGUUCUCCCCGUAGGCCGCGCGAUGCUAGGCGACCGUCGAGCAUCGCGGCAGAUUGUAAAGAGCAACGGUAUAUGAGAUAGAUAUCAUGCGAGCGAGCGAGCGAAAUUAGAAAGCGAGAGAGAAUUGUAAAGAGAGCGUGUAAACGAUGUUUUAGACCACUCCGGUAAAUCCUACGAAUCUUGGGGACCCCACCGGAUUCGUUGGAGUCAGGUCGGAAUAAAGUAGGAGGCAUUGGUGUGGCGUGUAACCAACUGCGUUUCGUCUACUCGCGUAUCGAGUGCUAUAGCGAUGGAUCAAGGAAUAGCUUUACAGUCACGCGGUUCGACGAGAUAUUGUAAAGGCUUCUAACAACGGUUAGAACCAAGAACGAGCUUAUAAGGCGGUUGCACGAGCAACAUCUGUCAGGCGCGUGGAAACCGGGGCUGGCCGGGACGCCGAAACCUCUCGGUGGUAAAGAAGCAGGGUCUAGGGCGACCGGCGGAACAGGUCGGGGCCUUUGCUGAUCAAAUCAGCACACCCGUAACGCGAACAAUGGUACAGAUAUUUAGAUUUAGCGCAACAAUGUGUAAAUACGACGACGCACCGCAGCACAAGUACGACACCGUUCCGCGCACUCUUUGGGACCCACGCGAGGUUGCGAGGCAACCCGGAAGUGCGGGACUUAUUCGAAGAAUGGGUCGCGCGAAUCGAGAGCGAGCGAGAUAAAAUCCAGCGUUCUGGAGAAGCGAAGAGGCGAGGAACUACCGAGAGGAAGAUUUGGCUGCGAUUAAACGCACUCGGCAGGGUACAGGUUUAGAGCUGGCCAAUGAAUUCUUAGGGCCCUAUACAGUUAGAAAUUCGCGCAACGACAGAUUGCUUCGUUAACGUCUACCGCCGCAGACCACGUGAAGCAGUGAACCAAGUCAACCGAAUAUCAGUAAAGACGGUACAGAUAUCAGAGGUCGGAUAGUGGUAUAGGUUGAUGUAGGAGCGAGUCGUAGAAACGAGUAUGUUAGAGACAAGCGACAGUUGUUAAACUACAUUGUCAGUAAACAACUUGUUUUCUGUAAGCCACGCGAUGCUAGGAGACCGCCGAGCAUCGCAGCAGAUUGUAAAGAGUAACGGCGUGAGAUAGAUCGUGCGAGCAAGGCGAAAUUAGAGAGCGAGAGAGAAUUGUAAAGAGAGCGUGUAAACGAUUUUUAGACCACUCCAAUAAAUCCUACAAAUUUUACACGAUAUUUAAAUAUAUUUGUACUGAAAGAUAUUGCUCCAGUAUGUAGUUUCUAGGAGAUCUCAUAGGCAAUAAUCAUUUGUUUAUAUUGCAAUAAUAUAUAAUAUAUAUAUAUAUAAAUAUAUUAUAUAAGAAUGUGAUACGAAA